AUGGAUAAAAACCUCACCAACCUCCUCAAAUGGGGAAUCGAGCACUCCACCGUCUCCAACCCCUCCGCCGACCCCUCCGCCCCUUCUCCCCCCCCUUCCCAACCGGCCCCCCGCAGCGACCUCAACCCCGAAAUCCUCUCCGCCCUCAUGGGCGGCCCCUCAGACGCAGACCUGAUGAAAGCAGCAAUGGAAGUCCUCCACGACCCUACCACCACCCUCGAAAACAAGCUCAUCGCCUUCGACAACUUCGAGCAGCUCAUCGAGUCCCUCGACAACGCAAACAACCUCUCCAACCUCUCCCUCUGGACCCCCCUCCUCGCCCUCCUCUCCCACUCGGAGCCCGAAAUCAGAAAGUACGCUGCCUGGUGCGUCGGCACCGCUGUCCAAAACAAUAUCAAGUCACAAGAGAGAUUGUUAGCGAUGGGGGGGUUGCCGAGGUUGGUGAAGAUGAUCCUGGCAGAGGACGAGCAGGAAGGGGUGAGGAGGAAGGCUGUUUAUGCGUUGAGUUCGGCGGUGAGGAAUUACCAGCCUGCGUUGGAUGUUUGUCAUGAGGAGCUGGUCAAGGGGGGUCAUCAUGAAGCGGAACAAAAGGUGGGGGAUGCGACGGAUAUGGAUGGGGUUGAUAGGGUUAUGGAGGGGUUGAAGGAGCGGGUCAAGAUAACGAGUAACAAGGCUUAA